UCCUCGUAUUUUCAUUUUUAUCACACAAGGUUUACUGCUAGAUGCAGAUUUCUAAUUCUUAAUUUCUCAUUUAUAAAUUCUGUAUACUACUUUUGCUUGAUGCCGUAUAUUUGUCAGGCUCUCAUAUUUUUUAGAUGGAAAAGACACCAAGCAUAGACAGAGUUAAAAAGGCGAAGUCUCAGAACCGGAGGAGAAGAUUCAAGCUUGAUAAGAAUAGGAAGUUUCAUGACCAGAAAUUAUUUCAGAGAGAUGCAUAUGGGAGCAUCAGAGAUGAUAGCAAUAUUCUACCAGAUACCAAACCGUAUCUGGUAAUGGAGAAGGUCUCUACAAAGAGAGAAGUAGUACAAAUUACUCAUUUGCAUCGAUCUGGACAUAGGGAAAGCAACUUUGGUUCAGAAGUUACAAGUAAACAUCACUCUCCAGAAAAAUUGAAAGAUUUUCAUGGUGAUUUAGUGGAUCUGAGAGCUCAUCCUAGCUCGAAUACUACUAAUACUCCUCUUAUGCAGAAUUAUAAUUUAUCUGAUAACCACAAUAAUAUGAAGGAGUUGAAGUUAUUCUCAAGAGUUGAUAGUUACCAACCAAGUGAGACAGUUUAUUUUAGCAACAAAAUGCUUCAAAGAAAUAUUAAGAAAUCCCCAAUGCCGGCACUCAAUAACCCCAAUUACUCGUGCGACUACCCAAAAGACGACUCUCGAAUCAGAAACCAAGUUGGAAUCUCCCCUCCUGAGUCUAAAGGAAGACCUAAACAGGCCAGUCAUUCUCAGCCAAGAGUUCAAAACUCUUUCAAUGAUGAUACUCCAAGUACAGAUUUAAUCAAUAGACGGAUGAAGAGGGCGGACUUAAGUUCAUGGGGAGGAAUUGAUUACAAAAACAAUGAUAAUUGAGCUCCAGAAGGUCAGUACCACACAAAUUCUAAGCCAAGGCAUCAACAGAUUACCAAAAAUUCAAAAUUUAACUGUGGAAAUGUUAAAAUAAAACCGAUUAGCAAUAAAAUGAAACUAAUUAGCACAAAUGCUGUUAACAUUUUCUUGGACAAAGAUGGAGUAAUCAAGCCUCUAUUUAACGCUAGUGAAGCUGCAAUAGAUAAUAAUGGAAAGUUCCACUCUCCAAAGAGUAGAGGUAUUUGGAAUCAAUUUGAAAAUGAUCACUCUUUUACAAAUGCUAUUCAGACUCAAGCUAACUAUUUCCCAAACAAAGAAGAAAUGUCUCUGAAGAAGGUUUCAAAGUCUAACUCAUAUUCACCAAGUAAGAAGAAGCUGAAUAAACUCAGAAAGAAAGUUAUGCUCAAGAAUAAGGAUGAUCAGUUCUUCUAUGAAAGAUCAAGUACAAUGAUAGCUGAGGCUCAUCAACCGAAAGAUUCUUCUUUCAGUGUGAUCCCAACUGGGAAGAACAAGAAGACUGAAAAAUUAUUACUUGAACAAAAAGAUAAUCACAACAAGGGCAUAUCACCUCUCGGUCAGUUCAAGAGGAGAGCUCAGACUGGGACCAACAAUUCUUCUGUACAAGGGACUCAUAACUACAAAUCAAAGGUUAAGAAGAGGUUGAAGUUUACAAUGAAAAACAAUAAAGCUAUUAAUUCUAAAGCUAAAUCUAAGGAUAUCCCUUGAGACUUGAAUUUUAAAGUACAAGGUAUUUCUGGAUUUCUUAAAACCUCAAAUGAACUUUAUAAUGAAGGAAAAAGUCCUUCAAAUGUCUUAGAUGAUGCUUCUAAAAUUAUUAUUACUAAGCCUCUAAAUGCUACAAGAAAUGAUGCGAAUGGAAAUAUUCAGAAUUUUUAUCAACAGGAGGGAAGUAAGAACCAGAUGUCCAAAAGCUGAAUGCAGUAUGCAUCGCCUUCUUAUAAUAAAGAAGAUUUUUAUCCAAACAUCAGCAGUUCUAACAAUGAAAUGAAGAGUAAUGCAGAUACUUUAAAUAACUCGAAUACGUACAUGGGAGAGCAUUCCUAUUCACCAGAGAAAAGAUCACUUCUUGAGGGAAGAUAUUUACAACCUCCUCUUAUGGAAAAAGGUUCUAGCUCCAAGACUGCUUCUGAACUACCUGAUAUGAGCCAUACUAGGAGGAUGAAAAUGAAUUCUCAGAAUAGUAAUGUGAGUGUUGCUGAGGAUGGGAUGGCUCUGCCAUAUUUCUCAGAACCCUCUAACAGAAUGAAGUCUAACAAUAAUAUGAAAAGAAGCAGAUGUACCAUCAUCACUAAAUGAGAUGGACCUAAAGUUUGCAAAACUAAACAGACUAAGAGGAUCUGCAUGAGAAGAAGAGCUGAGAUGGUAGAAAAACCAAUACUAAUUAUCAACUUCCAUGGAGUUUUAGGGUGUUUGAGAAAAAGUAAUUCUAACAUUGAAGACUUGUGAAAGGCCAGGAAGUAUUACCAAAAGACUCAGGAAGAAGAUGUAUUUAUUAGGCAAGCUGCAGGAAAGAACCUCAAAUCUUUAAUGGGUUCUUUCCAGAUCGUUCUUUUCAUUAACAAAUAUGCUAAGAGGCACGAUCCUUUGAUCAAUAUCAUUGAGAGCAAGGUUGGAGAUGUCUUUGAUGCAAUAUAUACACGAUGUUCCUAUAAGAACGAUAACAGAGUAAUUGAUUACAGUCAAAUUUAUGAGGACUUCUGAGUGAGCACAGAAGAUAUUGAUGAUAGAGUUGCUGUUCUUUGUCCGAUUAAUAUGGAAACAGAAGAAGUCAGAGAUAGAAAAAGAGAAGAAUUACUCUUUAUUGAUGACACUCAGAAUUAUUGCUACAAAAAUAUUAUCGCUGAAUGUAUCCCAAUGAACUCUAAUGCUUAUAAAAAUCCUCUGAGCAUCUUGUUUGCAUCAAUAAGGAAUGAUGUUUUUGGGGGACAAGAAGGUAGUCAAUUUAAUCCUAAAGGAAAUAACAAUAAAAUAAUGACUUUUGCAAGGUUAACUAAAUUUUUAAAUAUUAUGAUGAAUGCAUUUGAAGAAGAAGCAAGCAAAUCUUCUACUAAAUCUGAUGGACCAGACAUAGAUGAAUUUUCAUUCAUUAAAGGAUUCAAAGCUCUUCAGAAACUCAUCACUAAGAGCAAUAUUACAACUCUGAAAUGAGCUUUGUUCUCUACAAAUAAGAUAUCUAAAGCUGUGAAUCGGCAAAAAGCUAAGGAGGAUAGAGUUUUAAAAUUCAGAUCUGAGAAGAAGAAAACAUAUAAAACUCAGCUUCAAAGAGAAGAGAUUCAUAAGAAAUUUAUCGAAUAUAACUUCCAUUUGGCUAAGACUAAUUCUUACAUAAACUUAAAGAGCCAGAACGUGCAUACUAGUAGACACGUCAAUCAGUAUUAUAACGAUUUUUAUUAUGAGCAAAUUGAACAAGAGGAGGAAGAUAUUGAAGAAUCACAGGAUAUCAACCGCAAUUUAGGCAAUCUUUUAGGGCAAUUUCAGAAUUUUAAGAUUCCAGAUUUCUCAACCAUGAGUACAAGCUCAACCAGACUUUAUCUGAACAGAUUUGUGGCAUUAGAUCAUGUUAUGUUUUAA